UACUAGAUAAAUCCAAAGUAAGAAAGAGAGGUGGGCUGAGACAGAGCUCUGGAAGAAUAGACCUGAUAAGAUGGACUCUGAAGGAUACACAUCUCAUACGCUGAAACCACAGGAGGAGGAGAAGAAGGACCAUAAGAAGACUUGGAAUGAGGAAAUAGCAGAUUUAUUCCCUGCUAAGAAGCCAAUGCCAGUAUCUCCCAUAGUGAAGCCAGGGGAUAGCGCACCUGUCAAAGAAGAUUUUCCCCGCCUGUACAGAAUUUGGGAUGUGAGCCAGAAAUACUUUUUCCUGGUGGACAAUAUUCUUGUAGCAAAUCAUCAAGAUUCCAACGCUCCAGAGCAGUUGAUGGAAGUGCUCCCUAACACUGCUCUGGAUUCCAAAAUGAUGCCCAUCUUUAUGGGUCCCCAAGGUAGAAAACAAUGCCUGUCCUGCGAGAAGUCUGCUGAGGAUCAACUUCAGCUACAGCUAAAGGAAAGUGACAUCAAAAAGCUGUAUGAAGGAAAGGAGAAAUCACUUCCUUUCACCUUCUAUAGCAAGACUGAUGGGGGUCCCGAGACCUGCUCUUUCGAAUCGGCCGAGUACCCGGGUUGGUUCUUAAGCACGUCAUCCAAGCCAAACAAACCGGUGGGGCUGAGUCGCCAAGGAGGGACUGAGAACACACUGUUUUAUUUUCAACGGCAGUGAAGUCCCUUUUUAUAUGCCUAACGACAAUAAUAAUAAACUUUAUUUGUAUCCCGCCCCAUCUCCCCAUAGGGCGUUCAUAAAAGGCAAGUAUUCAAUGCCAACAAAUAAAUACAUGCAUACGUGAAUUAAUAAAACAUGUAAAAAACAAACCAGCAAUUCACUCAUUUAAAAAUCAUAAUUAAACAAGACAACAUAGUACCACACUGAACAGUGCAAAUGAUUGGGCUGUUGUAGGUUUUUCGGGCUAUAUAGCCAUGUUCUAGAAGCAUUCUCUUCUGACGUUUCACCUGCAUCUAUGGCAAGCAUCCUCAGAGGUUGUGAGGUCUAUUAUUAUAAUGGGUAAAAAGGGUGGAAUAUAAAUGUUUCUAAUAAUAAUAAUAAUAAUAAUAAUAAUAAUAAUAAUAAUAAUAUCACGCAGACAGACUACAAACAGAAGCAUAACACCAUUGCUCAGAUGAUUCAUUGGAACUUGUGCCACAAAUACCAUCUACCUGCGACAAAGAACAGGUGGGAUCACAGGCCGGAAAGAGUUACAGAGAAUGAACACGUCAAGCUACUCUGGGAUUUCCGGAUUCAGACAGACAGAGUUUUAGAGCACAAUACUCCUGACCUCACAAUUUUGUUAAAAAAGUAUGGAUUGUCGAUGUUGCAAUCCCAGGUUGAAGGAGACAAUGAGUGAUUUUUGCAAUAGCUAAGCUUUGGCAACAAAACAUAAGAAAGGUACCCCUCCCUGCAGAGAAAGAGCAACAUGUCAGCAAGAGGGAGGAUGUUCUAAAAAGAAGUUGCUAACCUGCUCAGCUUACAUAGGAAAUGGGUUUGCGGUGAAGCACAAAGUUUGCAAGUAGAGAACAAAUUGUGGUUUUGACAAACAAAGGUUCAGGCUAGGUGCAAAUAUCAAAAGGUUGAUGGGAGUCGGUGUUGGAAAAAGUAAAAGGUCAACCGUCAAGGUACCAUCCAUGACCAAAAAUACCCUUGUUUACUUGAUCUUAUAAAAGUUUGCAGAAACCAAGGAAGGGGGCGGCAGUCACUUGCAAGUGUUGGUGCCUGCGUGUAUUCAACACAACUGUCUGACUUUUUCA